AUGGCCCGUACCAAGCAGACAGCCCGUAAAUCUACUGGAGGCAAAGCCCCACGUAAGCAGCUGGCCACCAAAGCUGCCCGCAAGAGCGCCCCUUCUACUGGUGGGGUCAAGAAGCCCCAUCGUUACAGGUGAUGCAGAGUGACAAAACGCAUAGUGCCUGAACACACAGGCUUUGACCCACCUGGUGUCGUGGUCUCUCCUUUAAUCAUUUUAUGUAGAUAAAGGACCACAGUGGUGUUACUUAAUCACUGUGUUUCCCUCCAGGCCUGGUACUGUGGCCCUGCGUGAGAUCCGUCGGUACCAGAAGUCCACUGAGCUGCUGAUCCGCAAGCUGCCCUUCCAGCGCCUUGUGAGAGAAAUCGCUCAGGACUUCAAGACUGAUCUGCGUUUCCAGAGUGCAGCCAUUGGAGCCCUGCAGGUCAGUGUUUAUGAUUUUCGUUAACCCACCAAAUAACACUGUAAAGCCUAUCAGGAAUUUGUACACUUAAAGGGAUACUUAGGAAUUUUGGCAAUGAGGCCCUUUAUCUACUUUCGCAGAGUCUGAUGAACUGGUGGAUGCCAUAUUUAUGUCUCUGUCCAGUAUGAAGAAAGUUAGUUAGGUUCGCGAGCCAAUGCUAACUAGUUAGCGUUAGCACAAUGACAAAGUCUAUAGGUAUCUGCAUGCUUGUAGAUACCAUAGACGUUUAGUCAUUGCACUAAUGCUAGUUAGCAUUGGCUCGAGAAACUAAUUUUCUUCAUACUGGACAUAAAAAUGAUAUCCACAAGUUAGUCUGUUGAUAAAGGGCCUAAUUGCCAAAAUCCUGAAGUAUCCCUUUAAAGGUGGUGGCCUGCUGGCAGGACUCUCCCCAAAUGUUCGAAGAAUGCAUUGGUCCAUACCAAGUUACAGUGCUUAUGCAUGUCAACUGAAUUGAACUUGUGUUUUUGUCUGCAGGAGGCCAGCGAGGCUUACCUGGUUGGUCUGUUUGAGGACACCAACUUGUGCGCAAUCCAUGCCAAGCGUGUCACCAUCAUGCCCAAAGACAUCCAGCUGGCUCGUCGUAUCCGUGGGGAGCGUGCUUAG